AUGCGUUUCCGAAUUUACUGCCGUCGCCACUUUCCAACAAAUCGUCGAACCGCCGCUCUAAAACUCAUCCGUGAGACGAUGAAGUCCGAGAAGGAACAGUUGGACAAAAUGUUCGGGGUUCGCGAUUGGUGUAUUCUACUGCACGACGGCCCCCACAACUCUGACCGCAGACCUAGGGCAUACGGUCGGUCAGAGGGCGAUCAUUGGUCCCUAUGGGGCUAUGCCUUCGGACUGAAGCGCUCAACCUUCUACAUGCACGUAUAUGCAGACCAGAGCGCCACGUUCGGCCCCGACACACUUCUAUCGUGUUCCUUCUUCGAUUACGACGCUCGGAAAACACGCGUUUUGGGUCGAGCUCUUCGCAGCAGUGAUAGUCCGAGUCCUCUGACUUUCCACCCUGCCGCACAGGAGUCGCUGCGUGUUCAGCUCGUUCCUCGAGUCCUCGUCUCUACGCCCGCAUCCGAGCUGAAUGACUGA